AAGAGGGGAAGAGGAGAGGGGUAGGGUGCAGAGAGUCCAAACUGAGCCUGAGCGCUUCACUUCAUGACGCACAUUUUGCGCACUGGAAAAACGCGGUACCGAAUCUACACAUUCAGUAUCCAGUAACAUUUUCAUCUGCGAGUAGACGGGAUUUACGGAAUUGAGCUUUACUUUGGAGAAAGUUUGUGUGGAUUUUGUGCGUCUGGCGAGGUUUGAGGAUGCGCGUGUCCGUCCUGCUGGUGCUGCUGUGCGCGCUUCACGCAGCAGACGCGCACAAACUCUCCGCACUUACGUUUCUCCGUGUGGAACAGGACAAGGAAUGUAAUAUGGACUGUGCCGGAGCUGCUCGCAAGCCGUUGUGCGCAUCAGACGGACGAACCUUCAGUUCCCGCUGCGAGUUUCUCCGCGCAAAGUGCCGCGACCCUCAGCUGGAGGUCAACCGUGGGCCAUGCAAAGAUACAUCCAGGUGUGUGGCAGAAAAGCGGUACACAGAACAGCAAGCCAAGAAAGUCUUUCCACAAGUAUUUGUACCCGUCUGCAACCCUGAUGGAACCUACAGUGAGAUCCAGUGUCACAGUUACACGGGUUACUGCUGGUGUGUAACGCCAAGUGGCCGACCAAUCAGUGGCUCAGCAGUAGCCAAUAAGAAACCUCAAUGCCAAGGUCCCAGGAAUGGAAAGGUUAAUCCGAAGGAACCAGGAAAAGCAGUUUCUUCGCGACUCUUCUCUAUUUUAAAUGCAGAUGAUUCGGUCACUGUCGUAAUGGAGCCGCAGCCGUCCGCAGAUGAGGAAGACAUCAUCGCUCAGUAUCCCACACUGUGGACAGAACAGGUCCGAAGCCGACAAAACAGGACCAAAACACAAUCGACCUCAUGUGACCAGGAACAGCUGACGGCACAGGAAGAAGCAAGACAGCAUAAAAACGAAGCUGUGUUCGUGCCAGAUUGCGCACACGGCGGCCUCUACAAACCGGUACAGUGUCAUCCCUCGACUGGAUACUGCUGGUGUGUGCUGGUGGACACUGGGCGGCCCAUACCUGGAACAUCUACAAGAUACGAACAACCAAAAUGUGAUGGGAAUGCCAGAGCCCAUCCCAUCAAAUCGAAAGACCAUUACAGAGGCCGACACCUGCAGGGAUGUCCUGGUGAAAAGAAGACAGAGUUUCUAACAAGCGUAUUGGAUGCAUUGUCCACAGACAUGGUGCAUGCAGUGACUGACCCCGCCUCGGCUGCUAGGAUGUUGGAGCCAGACCCCAGUCAUACUCUGGAAGAACGAGUUGUUCACUGGUAUUUUAGCCAACUUGACAAAAACUCCAGCGGCGACAUCGGGAAGAAAGAAAUCAAACCCUUCAAACGUUUUCUGCGCAAGAAAUCCAAACCUAAAAAGUGUGUGAAGAAGUUUGUGGAGUACUGUGACAUCAGCAACGAUAAGGCCUUGUCUUUACAGGAACUGAUGGGUUGUCUGGGAGUUACUAAGGAAGAGGGGGCAAAAACAGGUGAAGGCACAACCUCCAGCAAACUGAACCUGGCAAAGAAACAAGGCUAAAGUCGCCUCUGAGAUCGCUCGCCCUCCUGUCCCGCUGACCCCGCCCCCACACCAAAAUGACGACGGAAACCAUAGUCUUUGCACUUUGUACUUUAAAACAAUGUAAAUUCACUUUGUAGAAAAAAUAUGGUAUUUAAACAGACUGCUGAAUAUGUGAAUGAUGUAGUUAGAUUUUUUUAUGUCCUUACAACAACAGCAAAAAUGAAUAAUAAUAAUAAUUUAACACAUACAAUGUAUGUGUCCUUUGUGCGUCUUAAAUAAGUAUGCUUUUCUAAGUUGUACAAGUUGUAUGUUUGUCACGGUCAUCCUUGUUGUUCUGUUACAUUUUUUGUUUGUCUUUGGCUAAUAUGUGGAUAGUUUUUAAUGCAUCUAAGCUGAAUAUUAGAAGCCUCGUCUUAGUUUUUACACCAAACACCAAUAUUGCCUGAGCUUGGACUUGCAGAUUAGUCACGUCCACACGUGAAAUGAAAUACAAAUAAUGUUGAAACAGCUUCGUGAGUAGAAAUAAAGAAGUGUUUUAUAUAAA